AUUCUCCCCUGUAAUUGCCUUCUCAUCAAUACUCAACAGAACAUCUCCUGAAUAAUACAAGUAAAAAUGGACCGGUCUAAGAAACCCGCUGCCAUCGGUGUCACCGCAACCCCGCCCCAGCCAACAAUCUCCCUUGCCAACAACGUCGUCCAAGCCACUCUUCCCUCCGGCGAAUCUGUCACCGUCAAUCUAAACGGCGCAACAGUCACAUCCUGGAAGUCUGCCUCCGGCGCUGAGAAGCUAUGGCUCAGUGAAGCUGCCGUUCUGGACGGCUCGAAGCCGAUCCGCGGUGGGAUUCCUGUUGUCUUUCCGGUCUUUGGGCCCCCUCCAUCCGACCACGCCACAUCCUUUCUCCCACAACACGGUUUCGCACGCUCCUCACUCUGGGAAUUCCUCGGCAAAUCCUCCUCCGAGUCCUCCGGCGCCAACAGCGGCGACGACACCGUGAAGCUCGAUUUUGGUCUGUCAUCAGGAUUGCUUAGUGAAGACUUCAAAUCGAAGUGGCCGCAUGAAUUUGGGCUUGUCUAUAGUGUUACACUUUCGCCGGAAGGAUUGGGAACUUCGCUGCAGGUGCAGAACCAGGGGGAGAGAAGCUUUGAGUUCCAGGUGCUGUUACAUACUUAUUUUGCAAUUGACGACAUCUCUCAAAUCCAUGUCAAGAACCUACAGGGUAAAACCUACAUUGACAAGGUCCAAAACGCAACCACUCACACAGAAUCCAAUUCCUCCGUUCAAUUCACUUCCGAGACGGACCGCGUAUACAAGGACCUCGACCCGUCAGUUCCGCUGGUCAUCUCAUUAGGCGAUAAGGAGCUAUUUAGCAUCACGCGCGAAGGGCUCAAUGAUGCAGUGGUGUGGAACCCGUGGAUCGAAAAGGCAAAAGCAAUGGGUGACUUCAGCCCUGAUGACGGGUAUAAGAAGAUGGUUUGCGUGGAGGCAGGAGCCGUCAAUGGGUGGCAGUCGCUGGAAGCUGGCGAGUCGUGGGAAGGUGGGCAAUUUAUCAAAAGUAAAUAGCGCAAACGUGUCUACUGAAAUUAGAUGUCAGUGAGCGAGAUGAAGUGGACACUGUUAUUGUGAUGAGAUACUCUCUUCGAAUG